CAUGUCUUCACGAUAUCCGCCUCCUCUCUGUCGGCAAAUCUACUUUCGCAUGCAUUAUCAAGGUUGUUUGUGAAUCCAUUCUCUGUUCUUUGUAUAGAGCGAUUUUCCCUGCUACGUGCGUUGGAAUCGUAUUGACCCAAACAUUCAUUUUGGUAAAGAUGCAAGGAAACUGGGGCCCCCGUGGUGAACAGCAGAAUCAUGGCCCAUCUAGACACCAGAUGGAUAGUCAGAAAAAACCUGGAGAUAACAGCAAUGGACAGCAUGCAGAUGAGCAGGAGAGCCCAAAUGCUGGGAUAACCAUAGAUCUACAGAACUUCAGGAAACCUGGAGAGAAGACUUACACUCAGCGUAGCCGUCUCUUUGUGGGAAAUUUACCAACUGGUGUUACGGAGGCGGAGGUGGAGAAGUUGUUUUCCAAGUAUGGCAAGGCAGCUGAGAUUUUCAUCAACAAGGACAGGGGGUUUGGAUUCAUUAGACUGGAGACAAAAACAGUGGCUGAGAUUGCUAAAGCCGAACUUGAUGAAACCUCAUUCAGAGGCAGACAGUUGCGAGUGCGGUUUGCGACACAUGGUGCUGCUCUAGCUGUGAAGAAUUUGCCACAGUUCAUUUCAAAUGAGCUCCUGGAAGAGGCUUUCUCCUUCUUUGGCCAGAUUGAAAGGGCCAUAGUUAUAGUGGAUGAUAGAGGGAGACCCACAGGAAAGGGGAUUGUGGAAUACACAGCCAAGCCUGCAGCAAGGAAGGCUCUGGAUAGGUGUGCAGAUGGAGCCUUUCUAUUGACUGCAUUCCCCAGGCCAGUAACAGUCGAACCAAUGGAGCAGUUUGAUGAAGAUGAGGGACUGCCGGAGAGGAUUGUAAACAAAAACCAAGUUUUUCACAAGGAGCGGGAGCAUCCACCAAGGUUUGCUCAGCCAGGGACAUUUGAGUAUGAGUAUGCCAUGCGCUGGAAGGCCCUUUUGGAGAUGGAGAAGCAGCAGUAUGAGCAGGUUGACCGGAACAUAAAGGAGGCUCAGGAGAAGCUGGAACAGGAGAUGGAGGCAGCCAGACAUGAGCACCAGGUUGUCCUGAUGAGACAAGACCUUCUGAGGCGUCAGGAGGAGCUGAGGAGAAUGGAGGAGCUCCAUAACCAGGAGAUGCAGAAGAGGAAGCAGAUGGAAUUGCGUCAGGAAGAGGAGCAUCGCAGGAGGGAGGAGGAGAUGAGGAUGCACACUGAGGAGAGGAUGAGGAGGCAGCAGGAAGGCUUCAAGGGGAACUUCCCUGGAAAUGAGAUGCGGAUGCACAUGCAAGGUCAAGUAAUGAACAGAAACUCAAUGGGUGGUGUUGAAGGAAAGCCCAGCGGGCCCAACCCUGGACCUGGAGCUGCCAACAUGCCUGCUGAGAACCCCCCUUUAAUGCAGGGGGCAGGAAACGACACCAUGCCCGUAGGAGGCCAACCUGGCUUCGCAAGAGGCCCUGGCCAAGGCCCUGCUGACUUUGCCAACAAGCGUCGCAGGUUCUAAAAUGGUCAAUUAAACUUUUUUACUUUUCAAACUGUACUAUAUUUUAAGUCAUACAUGGAUUAUUACAUUUUAUGUACUGUGAAAAAUUGUAUGCAGAUUUUUUUUUUUUAAGUGUCAAGUUGGCAUUUUCGUAUUUCAGAUGAAUACUGCUUCUGUAUAGACUUUCUUUUUAUUCCUCAAAACCAGUGGUGUAGUGGGGGGUAAACGCAAAUGCAUUGCAAAUGUGUGGAGUGUUGCUUUUUUCACCUUGACCGGCGAUCAGUUUACCCACCUAUUUUUAUACCACUACACCACUCCUCAAAACAAUGUACUUUUAUAUAGCAAUAGUACAUUUGUCACGCUCAUUCUCUCUCUAAGCCUUUCUGAACAGCUUUAAAUAAAAUCUUAAUUCCA